CAGAACUGCUUUUACCUUAUGAACCUUCACGGACCCUUUGCUCCUCUGGCAGCAGGCUCUUAGUCAUUCCAAAAGUCAGGACACACACUCAUGGCGAGGUGUCCUUUCAUUAUUACGGCCCUCGUCUAUGGAACAGCCUGCCAGAGGACCUCAGGACCGCAGAGAACAUUCAUGUUUUUAAGAGCAGACUCAAGACCCACCUCACCCAAGUGAGGAAUUUUCUGUCUGUAUUGACUUUGGCGCCCCCUGUGGACAAAGCGGUCAUCUAUAUAUUGUAAGUGAUUCUGUCUUGUACUUGUCAAAGUAGUGUUAAUUAGUAAAUCUGCAUAUGUUGUCUUUUUAUGAAUAGAUGUGUCACUAACAUUUGCUGUGAGAUAAGAGGCUCUUUAUUGUACCUACAUUAAACAACACCUACAUUGUACCAACUUCCUUACAGCUGUUAAAGGUAUUUAAUCAUAUUAUAUAAAUCGUCGAUCUUGUCGUAAAGUGUUUCAUUUGCUGUUUAACAUCUUAGUGGUACAUCACUGUUUCCUGUGAGGAGCUUUUGGUUGGGUCAACUUUAGCGCCUCCCUGUGGCCAAUCUUACACUGCUGACUUUUGAAGGUAAAUUGCAUCAUUUAUAUUUAACAUGCAUAGUUUAUGUAGACAUUGUGAAACAGGGCUGUUUCUUCAAGUGCUUGGUUGACACCUACCCCCUCGCUCUAAGGGUUUCAGUCUAUUUGAUCAACAAUAAAAGCUCCACUCAGGAGUUAAAAUUUACUGUCCCUUUCUCCGUAAUCUUUCAUCGAAACUUAAGACCUGUUGUUAACUUUCAGCUUGGUGUUAGUUUUGGCUGCCUCUGUGGACAGAAAUCUUUUUUGCUAUAGUUUUCUUAUUUGAAGUCAUAUUGAGGUGUAACUAUCAGUUCAAGUCUGUUUUAUAACCAUUGAAAAAUUCCUUAGAGGAGCUUUAAGUGAGACAAGGUUACAGCUUCGCCUCUAACCAGUUCAUACCAUAGUUUAUAUUUACAGCUUCUUUUCUGUAUUUUUGCUGCACCGUUGCUCUUGUAAUGUGCGUUUACUCUCCUUUCAGCCUCUUAAUGGUCUAAGAAACUGUGUUUAUCUGCAUGAAAACUCUGAACAGCCCACGAGACUAUCAGCUAAACGGACAGUUCAGAAUAAUACCCAUCAUCUCUGCACUGGUCUUAUAUUUAUUGUUAUUUCCAUCUGAAGCUGAGACGCACUCAUGCAUACAUCAAGCUGCUAAUCUCAGGACAUGGCUGUCUGCCUGCUGCCUCCCGUCCCAGACACACUCACCCAGCAGAUGACACGGCUGCGGAUGAAGCGAUUAGGUUACAGACUCUGUAAUUUACCGACAGGCCGUGAAGGAAACAUUGGAGGCUUAUUAGCUUCCAGUGAAAGAUCAAUGUUAUCUUUAUGCGGCUUCCCAAAGGUGGAUUUAUUUCAGUUCUAACACAAAAGGCCCAGGUGGAAAGAUUUUGUUGCCUCAGUCUGUUUAUUGACCGCUGUGACCUUACAACCGAGAAGUAAGACAAAUCCAUUUCCCCUGUAAACUCCCUUCCCAGGACUUUAUAUCAUCCUCGCCUGACGAAAUUACACCCGACAUCUUUUACUGAAAGUAUCUGUCUUUAACCUCUUUUUGAUUCAGUCCCCCUCACAUGGUCACAGGGAAGCUCUAAACAUUACAGCUAAAUAAUAAAGUGGAGUCCUAUUACCCUGGAUUUAGACCUCUGAAUGACGCUCCACCCCUCUGAAUGUUCUCUUAUUCUAUAGGCAGGCCUGUUUUCUCAACUGCAUGUAUGAAGCAUUUCCUCAUUAGCAUUUAUUUUCUCAGUAAGGAAAGACCAAAAGGACAGACUGACACUUGCGUAGCUAAAUACAGUUUGUUUAGGAACUAUGUAAAAAUUUUCUGGGAAAGAGUAAGGUUGUAAGAGUGAGUGGAUAUAACAUUAUGAAGUGCCCUCUAGAAUGCCCAUCCAAGUUACUUCCAGAUCGAGUAAAAAGGUGCCCUCUAAGUGCACAUCCUACAAGAAUAGCAUUGAAAAAGUGCCCUCUGGAUGCUCUUGUAGUGGAUAUAAGAUCAAUUUGUGUCUUCUGAUUACUCUUUUUGCACAAAGAUAAUUAAAAGACUGCGUACUGGAUAGUGGAUAAUAUGUAAAAUAGUUUCCUCUAUAUACCGUUUUAGUGAAUAUGAUGUAAAAUAGUGUCCUCUAUAUACACUUUCAGUGAAUAUAAUGUUAAAAAAUUGCCCCCUACAUACCCUUCUAGUGAACAUAAUGUAAAAUACUAUCCUCUACAUACAGUGCCUUGAAAAAGUAUUCAUACCCCUUGAACUUUUUCACAUUUUGUCACUCUACAACCACAAACUUAAAAGUAUUUUAUUGAGAUUUUUUGUCAUAGACCAACACAAAGUAGCACAUAAUUGUGAAGUGGAAUGAAAAUGAUACAUGGUUUUCAAAAAUUUAAACAAAUAAAAAUCUGAAAAGUGUGGUGUGCAUUUGUUGUCAGCGCCCCUGUGUCAGUACUUUGUAGAGCCACCUUUCACUGCAAUUACAGCUGCAAGUCUUUUAGGGUAUGUCUCUACAAGCUUUGCACAUCUAGAGACUGAAAUUUUUGCCCAUUCUUCUUUGCAAAAUAGCUCAAGCUCAGCCAGAUUGGACGGAGAGCAUCUGUAAACAGCAAUUUCCAAGAUGCUCAAUGGGAUUUAGGUCUGGACUUUGACUUGGCCAUUCUAACACAUGAAUAUUCUUUGAUCUAAACCAUUCCAUUGUAGCUCUGGCUGUAUGUUUAGGGUCAUUGUCUUACUGGAAGGUGAAUCUCUUUCCCAGUCUCAAGUCUUUUUCAGCCUCCAACAGGUUUCCUUCCAGGAUUGCCCUGUAUUUAGCUCCAUCCAUCCUCCCAUCAACUCUGACCAGCUUCCCUGUCCCUGCUGAAGAAAAGCAUCCUCACAGCAUGAGGCUGCCACCACCAUGUUUCACAGUGGGGAUGGUGUGUUCAGGGUAAUGAGCAGUAUUACUUUUCCACCACACAUAGCGCUUUGUAUUCAGUCCAAAAAGUUCAACUUUGGUCUCAUCUGACCAGAACACCUUCUUCCACAUGUUUGCUGUGUCCCCUACAUGGCUUGUGACAAACUGAAAACAGGACUUUUUAUGUCUUUCUGUCAACAAUGGCUUUCUUCUUGCCACUCUUCCAUCAAGGCCAGAUUUGUGGAGUACACGACUUAUAGUUGUCCUGUGGACAGAUUCUCCCACCUGAGCUGUGGAUUUCUGCAGCUCCUCCAGAGUGACCAUGGGCCUCUUGGCUGCUUCUCUCACCAGUGCUCUCCUUGCUCGGUCUGUUAGUUUAGAUGGAUGGCCAUGUCUUGGUAGGUUAGCAGUUGUGACAUACUUCUUCCAUUUUUGGAUGAUGGAUUGAACAGUGCUCCUUGAGAUGUUCAAAGCUUUUGAUAUUUUUUUAUAACCUAACCCUGCUUUAAAGUUCUCCACAACAUUUUCCCUGACCAGUCUGGUGAGUUCCUUGGUCUUCAUGAUGCUCUUUGUUGACUAGUGUUCUCUAACAAAGCACUGAGGCCUUCACACAACAGCUGUAUUUAUGCUGAUACUAAAUUACACACAGGUGGACUCUAUUAGCUAAUUAGGUGACUUCUGAAGGCAAUUGAUUGCACUGCAUUUUAUUUAGGGGUAUCAGAGUACAGGGGGCGGAAUACAAAUGCACACCACAUUUUUCAUAUUUCUAUUUGUUUAAAUUUUGAAAACCAUGUACCAUUUUCAUUCUACUUCACAAUUAUGUGCUACUUUGUGUUGGUCUGUGACAAAAAAUCUCAAUAAAAUACUUAAAGUAAAAAUAUUAAAAUAUUUAAGUUUGUGUAUCCUCUUUAAGUUUGUGGUUAUAGAGUGACAAAAUGUGAAUAAGUUCAAGGGGUAUGAAUACCUUUUCGAGGCACUGUACCCUUCAUUUGAAUAUAAUGUAAAUUAGUGCCCUCUACAUCCCCUACCAGUAGAUACUAUGUAAAAUAGUGCCCUCUACAUACCCUUCAAGUGAAUAUAAUGUAAAAUAGUGCCCUCUACAUAGUGCCCUCUGAAUGCACUCUCUGAAUAUAAAACAUUUAAAAAGUGCCCUCAGCAUGGCCUUUCAGUGGACAUUUUUUCCCUCAUAAAUAGUGCCCCCUGGAUGCCCUUCCAGUAUCUAAAUUGUUAUAUAGUUCCCUUUGCGUGCACUUUCAGUGGAUAAGGUAUAAAAUAGCACCCUUUGGCUACCUCUCUAGUGCACAUAGAAUAACAUUGUGCCCUUUAGAUGCACUAUUACAUUUAAUUUCUAUGUUUUGUAAAUGACUGAUUGAACAAUUCCAGUUAAAAUGUGAGCUUUUACAGGAAAAAUCAUCAACUUUUGACUAUUUUCUUUUUAUAAUGUUGAUUUCCUUUUCAGUUUCUAUCACUAAAUGUAUAAAUAUUUACUAGAUUGCAGGGAAUCAAGUGUUGGAUGGUUCUAUGUUUAAAGCUGAUUUUUUUCCUCCAUAUGAUAGUGGUCAGUAUGAAUCCCUCCUCGUAUCAGAAGGAAUCAGUGAGGAGAAUCAGGAGGAACAGUGAAAGCCUCCUUCAGGAUCUCUUUUACAAAGGAGUCCAUGGAGGAGACAGAGACACUCCUGUAAGUGUUCUUAAUGUCAAUGAACUGCUAGUGUAAUUCAACACAUAUCUAUGGAUCAAAGGGUCAGGAAAGCUUUUUUCUGCAAUGACAGAUGCCAGCACAACCUGGUAGAGAUGCUAAAAUGAUUCGCUCCAUCGCCAGUCUGAUCAGAGCAAAGAGCAAACUCCUCCUCCUGGAGAACCCUGACACUGUGGAGAUCUACAAGGUCAGCACUCGCUUUUAUCUCGGGUGUUUUCAUCUAUUUGAUGUUGUAAAGCACUUAAGCUUAGAAAGGUGUUUUUCUUUUCCCAAACCAUAUUUAUUUAACUUUUGCAUUUUUGACUUCUUAUAGCUGGAUGAUUCAGUCCGUUCCAGCAGAAACAGUAAAGGCGAUCUCUACCUCCCUGCCAUCAAAACCAAAGCUUCAAGUCUGAACUCCAUCAGAGGAGCUUUAAGUCAAUCCUGCCCAUACCUGUACGACAAAAGAAGAGGAUCUUUUUCCUCUGUCACCUCUCAGAGAGCUGGAGUUCAUCCUAUAAAACAGGUAAUAUGUAAGACUCUUUUUACUUCACAUUAAGUAUGGAGUUCAACCUCUUCACCUUUGUUUUCUUUCUCCAUAUCAGAAUAACCUAAAAGCCCAAAAAGAGGCAAAGAAAUCCAAUGUCACUGUGACGAUGACUUACCUGGGACAGGGUCAUCGGGGGUCUCAGUCAGGGUCGACUAAGGAUGAACUGAAGGUCCUCCAGCAGGUUAACGGAGGGGAGAAUAUCUGUGUCUUCAAAGGGCUGGUGUCUGCAGGAGGUAGGAGCUCGUAAACCUAAAACAUGACAGUAAAAAAGAUGCAAUUUUCAAACAUCAAAAAUAUUUGGCCAAACUUGAAGAUUAUUUUAUUGAAGGACCCCAAAUUAAAGACAAGUGGCAUCAGACCCAGCAGUUUGAAAGUAUCUUAUCAGGUUAAAUAAAGAGAAAAGAUAAAACUUUAAGCUUGUGUUGUUUUAAACUUUUGCUUGGGUUUGAAACAACUUUGCCCCCCAAAAAAAUCAGGAUUAUACUCUUCAGAGGGGGCUUGAUUUAGACUGGAUUUCAGGAAGAAAUUAUAAUUUGAAGUUAGUCAAACAUCACAAAAUUAUCAUAAUCAUAUAAUAAUUAAAGCUCCUGUGAGUAGUUUUCAGUCUGUGUCACACACACCUAAGUAGUGAUUUAUGACAAAAAAAUCCCAGCCGAAUGCAUCACUCGUGGAUAAUUAAAGUAGAAAUGUUUAAAAACAGGGCUGUUUUAUUAUCUACUUGGCUGACACCUACCACUCACACUGGUUAACUCAGAUAUAAAAAUCUCUAGUCCUGUUAAUGAUGGUCUUGUUUGCUCUUGAACGUCAUAAAAAAUCCUCAAUAUAAAUUUCAGUCUAUCAUACAAAUUUCAAAAAUUCCCCAUAGAAACUUUAAGUUGUGUUUUUUAUGCUCUUAAAUGUUAAAUGAGGCACACUGGAAGGUUAAAGCUACUGUGAGGACUUUUUAACUAAUUGUGAAACAGACUGAAAUUGAUACUGACGCCUACCUAUGACCAUGACUGGCAAACGAGACCAUCAGCAAUAAGAUGAAACUGAAGCAAGCGGGUAGGUGUCAGACCAGGCAAGCUAAAACUGUGUUUCCUUACAUUUCAAGAGCAAAUAUUUAGGGCUCUAUUUUCAUGUACGCCCGUGAGGCGGUGGAGGGUGGCGGAGCCCGUGCAGUUGUUUUUUCGUCUGGCGGAGCCGGGCGUACAGCCAGUUUGGUAUUUUCGUGGACUGAGGCGCACGGAGGCGAGCCGAGAUCCGCCAAGCUGGGCGUGGUGGCGUGGCAGGGGGAGGUGUCGACAGAAUCAGCGGGCGCAGUGACAUUUUCGUGGUAGACCGGCGGCGUAUCGACAUACGUCACUGAUGCCUCACCGGCAGGUUUCCACAGUGUCAGGCACAUUUCAGUGCAAAAAAUAAUCAUCAACAACUCAUAAUCUGAGUCAGCACAUACAUUUAGAUCCAUAUAGAUAUAUUCUGAUCUAUAUGUGAUCUGAUGAGCGCGUUUGGCACGCGUUUGGACACACAACCUGACCGAAUCAACACAGCUGAAACCGCAUUAAAUUAAAUUAAAUAUCUAGUAAAUAAACACACAUGAUGAAGUUAACAAGAUAUGUAAUUCGUCUCCCUCCUUUUCUUUCUUCCUCUUCCUCUUAUUUCUCGCACAGCUCGACCUGGACACGUCUCCGUGUCCUCUGUCCGUCUUGCUGCUGCUGCGGCUGAACAGAUGAUUUGUUUCAGUGCUCAGAUGUGUGAUCUACUUUAAGCCGACAUACGGAUAUUAUCAUAUUCAGUUUUGUGAGCCAAAUUUAUUUUAUAUGCCAACAUCUAUGAAAGAAAGAGCCAGGCCACUGAGCGCGAUGCGUCAUUUACGCACAGAUGGUUCCGAUUUUAAUGCCAUUUUUGGAGUUCAUGUUGUGAUCUGUGCGCACAACCCACCUUUGUCACGUGAGGUUUGAAUAUGAGCAACUUUAUGUGAGUGUCUUUAUUUGUGGAAAAGGGUGUUUGUCUUACCAGUGGGUCCAACAUUACACACACCAAAUCCAUCUGUGCUUAUAUGAGACAGUGUGGAGGACACUUGUUGAGGAGCUGCCCUCUGUCGCCAUCUUGUGGCAUUACUGUCUUAAGACAUCUCUUGAUCUCUUUGACUACUUCAUGAAAAUAGUAAUACGCCUCGCCUGUGGCGGAUUUAAAGGCAAGGAGAGGAGCUUAUGUGAUUGGUGAAAACAGGUCUCGGCUGUGUUAAACCCACUAACCGCCCUUUCUCCUCCCCGUCUACGACUUAUGCUGCUGGGAGGAGCUGAGUUAGGGAGGGGGGACACUUACGCAGGGCUGCGCAGUUCACCAAAAUACCAAAAUGUGCCUGGGAACGCCUUGUCAGCGCGGCGGAUCUGACUGACGCUGCGCUUGCGGCACGUCUCCGGCGAGGCACGAAAAUAGAGCCCUUAGAGUUAAUGACACAUUUGACUCUUAAAAAUACUAAGUUGAGGUUCUUUAGUCACAAAAUACUUCCUUUGUGUGUGCAGGAGAAGAUCUGCAAAGAGUUAAAAUACAUAUAUUUGCCUAUGGGGGUGCCAAAAUCAACAUGGACCAUAAUUUCCUCACAGCAGUUUUAAGGGAAAUUUUGGUCAAAAUAUAGCUGUUAUUAUUGAACCUUAUAUAUUUCAGUAUCAGGAUCUUACAGAAUAUGGAGCUUUGGCAUCCCCUGUGGACUAAAGGUGCAAUUUUGGUCCCCUUUAUUGCAACUGUUAAAAGGAGAAGGUGGGCCCAUUUCAGUUUUUAUUGAAAAAUGGACACAAGGAAGCCAGUUUAUCUGAUCCUGGAUGGCAAAUAUGUGGAUUUCAAAGUCCAGAUCACUUUGAAUAACCAGAGCUUAUCAGGGCUGAUUCCUCGUCUCCCUUCCAGCGAUGGGGGAGAAAGGACGAUGAGGACGUUGGCCUGCAGCUCUGUUUGAGUUGAACAAGAGUCAGAGGCUGAUAUGUGACCAGACUGACUAGCAUCACAUAAAAAAACCAGCACAUACACACAAAAGAAAGCGUUUUAUCUCUGCUGCUGCUUCAUGUUGAAACAAAGUGUACAGCUGUCACUGCAGGGAGAGUAUCUGAACAUGGGGCUGAUAUGAGAACAAAGUUAUAGAUUUCUGCUCCAAACACUUUGUUUGAUCUAUUUACGAAAGCCUCUGCAACCGACACACACACACAGACACAUGUCAAACUGGCUGUGCUGGAUUUAAACUGUCAUGUUAUUUAGUUUGGUUUUAUGCAAAAUAGACAGUUGUCUACAGACAAUUGUUCAAUGUUCAUUCUCUGGUGAGUAUAUUUAAAAGUGUAUACACAAAAGGAGUGUACUUGUAAGAUCUCUUUCCAUCCUAAUCAGCGUUUAGAAGAGAAAGAGAGUCUGACAUUUGGAUUUAAUAUACAUCAGGUUACAGAUGACGCCGUGUGCAGAAAUGUGAUUUCUAAAUGCAGGAGAAACUUAAUUUCAUUUACUUUUAAUGGACUGGGUUGUAAACAGGCAGAAAAUCUCACUUUACUAAUAAAACCAAGGCUGUCUGUGUUGGUUUAAGACAGGUAUGGAUUUAUAAAGAUAGAUUAAGUCUGAAUCGUUUAAAGAAAUGAAUCAUUUGUUCCCACUAAUUGUGACUGUGAUUGUGUCUGUCAGCCGAACAGUGAAAAUGUUGCCUGUUAGAAGCUUCCUGAAAGACAACAGUAGUGCAGGGACUCUGUAUAAGAACUGAGUGGUAUUUAGUAAAAGUAGAGACGGCAGCAGCACUAAACGCUUCAGUUUUAUCAUGCUCAAUCUGUGCUCAUUUCAGCUUCUGUUUUACAUUUGAUCUUAAUCCAAAACAAAUUAUGCCUUUUAGUUUCAGUCAGAUUUUUGCCCGUUGUAGACACUUAAUAGAUCCAUUUAGGCCGACGUCAACAUUACGUAACGGUUUUAGCUGGAGAAGACAGAUGUGGACCCCACAGGCUAGAAGGUAACAUAGGCGUCCUAUUAACGGUCAUCUUUAAAGACCCACUUAUGUUCAUAUGGCAUAUCAUGAGAAAAGUAAGUGCAAAAUUGCAUUUCCCAGUAUUUCUGUUGUCAAACCUCUGUAGAUCUCGGGCAGACCCAAACUGCAGGCUCAGACAUAGGGCUCUAUUUUCAUGUACGCCCGUGAGGCGGUGGAGGGUGGCGGAGCCCGCGCAGUUGUAUUUUCGUCUGGCGGAGCCCGGCGUACAGCCAGUUUGGUAUUUUCGUGGACUGAGGCGCACGGAGGCGAGCCGAGAGCCGACAAGCUGGGCGUGGUGGCGUGGUAGGGGGAGGUGUCGACAGAAUCAGCGGGCGCAGUGACAUUUUCGUGCUCGCCACCGGCGUGUAAAGUGCGCUGAAAGCUCGCCGAUUCAAACCUGGUCAGCUCUCAGCGCAUGGCGGAGCGCAGCUGGUCUAGUGGUAUUUUGGUAGACCGGCGGCGUAUCGGCAUACGUCACACAUGCCUCACCGGCAGGUUUCCACAGUGUCAGGCACAUUUCAGUGCAAAAAAUAAUCAUCAACAACUAAUAAUCUGAGUCAGCACAUACAUUUAGAUCUAUAUAGAUAUAUUCUGAUCUAUAUGUGAUCUGAUAAGCGCGUUUGGCACGCGUUUAGACACACAACCUGACCGAAUCUACACAGCUGAAACCGCAUCAAAUUAAAUUAAAUAUCUAGUAAAUAGACACACAUGAUGAAGUUAACAAGAUAUGUAAUUCGUCUCCCUCCUUUUCUUUCUUCCUCUUCCUCUUAUUUCUUGCACAGCUUGACCUGGACAUGUCUCCGUGUCCUCUCUCUGUCCUACAGUGGCUGAACAGAUGAUUUGUUUCAGUGCUCAGAUGAGUUAUCUACUUUAAGCCGACAUACGGAUAUUAUAAUAUUCAGUUUUGUGAGCCAAAUUUAUUUUAUAUGCCAACAUCUAUGAAAGAAAGAGCCAGGCCACAGAGCGCGAUGUGUCAUUUACGCACAGAUGGUUCCGAUUUUAAUGCCAUUUUUGGAGUUUAUGUUGUGAUCUGUGCGCACAACCCACCUUUGUCACGUGAGGUUUGAAUAUAUGCAACUUUAUGUGAGUGUCUUUAUUUGUGGAAAAAGGGUGUUUGUCUUACCAGUGGGUCCAACAUUACACACACCAAAUCCAUCUGUGCUCAUAUGAGAGAGUGUGGGGGAUGCCCAAUGCAGCGCUUACAGGGACACUUGUUGAGGAGCUGCCCUCUGUCGCCAUCGUGUGGCAGAACUGUCUUCAGACAUCUCUUGAUCUCUUUGACUACUUCAUGAAAAUAGUAAUAUGCCUCGCCUGUGGCGGAUUUAAAGGCAAGGAGAGGAGCUUAUGUGAUUGGUGAAAACAGGUCUCGGCUGUGUUAACGCCACGCCCUUUCUCCUCCCUCGCUACGACUUACGCCGCUGGGAGGAGCUGAGUUAGGGAGGGGGGAUACUUACGCCGGGCUCCCUUUAAAAAGUUUUUACUUGUCCAAUAUCUGGAUCCUCAUCUCAGUAGCAUGAUUUAGUUUGGUCUCUCCCAUAAUGCAAUGCUGCUGAGCCAUCCCUGCUGAUCUGCAGAGGUCAUAUACAGAAAAAUGAACCUUGAGCCAUCAUCCAAAACAAGAAACAAAAUGUUUUUUCAGUGGCCAAGUGGUUUAUAAAAUUUUGGGGUGUGAUGAGGGUCCGGGCUCAGCCCCUAACAAACGCCCCUGGAUAGACACCUAGGUCACUGCACUCCACCUGGAUCUUAAUUUGGUUUAGAGUAGAUCAGAACUACAAAAACAUCUUGAACACGCUACGUUAAAUCUCUAAUGCUUUGCUCAUAAUAUUGAAUCAAUGAGUGAGUGAACGAAUCAGUUCAAACAAGGAAAUUUAAGGGUAAAAGUUCAAUGUUAGGCACUGUGCCAUCAAGAGACACAAGUCAACUGGUUGGUGGUGAUAGACUGCAUUUAUGGACUUUUCUCCCAAGGGAUAAAGGAAGUAUUCUGAUUCUGAUACAGUAUGCCCCAUAAAACCUCAAACGUGGACCAAAAGGUUCCUUGUCUUGACAGUUCUUAUAGAGACUCUCUUUAAAUCUUUCAGAGCAGUUCCAGUUUGUCUCCAAGCGACACCGAGAUUUCCCUUUCAGCGCCACCCUCUACGUCAACGGCAUCACGGUGGCCAGGAUCAGCUCCUGCUGUGAGUACCGCUAUGCUCCGGGAUUCCAGCAGGGCAGGAGGAGUUGCUUUAGACUGAUGUGGCUGGCUGGUGGGAUCCCCUGCUGCAGGUCAGAUUUCAUCAUGUGGGAGAGCGCCGCACAACCGUGGCAGAAAAUUAGAAAUCAGUAGCAGUCAAAACACAUCAGGUCAAGCUGUUUGUUUGCAGAUUUCACUUAUUGUGGGCUGACAGAGGAGGUAGAAGCUCGCAUGCUGCAUGCCUUUGGGGAUGGAGUUGGUGGUGGUAUAUGGGAGGAAAUGUGAGUCAGGAUGAAGGCGUAUUUUUCAUCUUUUUCAGAUGUACCAGUCUCCGAAACAAAUACAGCUCCUGCCAGCAGCUGAACAACGGCACACAGCAGAACCUAAUUCUCCCUCUAGAGCGCAGCCCUGGCAACGGUACAAAGCCCGAAGAACCAGUGGCUCCAUUUUCCAUUACUUCCUAAAGCUUAUUCAUCAAAAUUUUCUGACAUUAGGCCCAGUCCUUGAUUCCAACAAACUACUUUCAAGAGAAAAUGUCCAACAAAGCACUUUUUCGCUUUCAUUUUGUCGCCAAUGUAGACAAGGUCCAAUCAAGCCCAUCAUCCCCUUUGUUCAUCCUGGCCAAACCAGAGAAGAAAUCAACAAGGAGGACAAGAAAACACAUCAAAGGUGGCGGCGGAGGAUCUACAGACAGCGAGGACUCCACUAAAGCAGGGAUUAAAGAGACGUCCAAGAGGAAACGACGCAAAGGUCAAAGUCAUCACAAAGAGAGCAAAGGCAAGACAGGGGUAAACAAGAGAGAAGACAGGCGAGACAGUAAAGACUCAGAGGAGUCACAGAGGCCGACAGUGAUGGAAAAAUGUGAGAAAGAGCAGAAAAAAGACAGCAGAGUUGCAGCUUUGCAGCCGCAAUUACCCCCAACAAGCAAAGUUCUCGGUAAGCGAUGUUUGACUCAUUUGAUUCCUGCAUGAGAGGGAGGAAAAACUGAUGUAGAUACACUCUACACAGUGGAUUGCAAAUGACUUUCGUUGCAUUUGCAUGUUUUUUCCUAUUGAAUAUGCUUUGUGGUAGCAAAAAAUGUAUGAACAAGAGCUUUUCUUUGUCAAGACUCAUUUCAGGGCGAAGAAGCGAUGACUAAGCAGAACGCGGAGAAGCAGAAGGACCCGGGAUCAAAUGGGAAAACCAGAGACGGGGAAAGACUGAAAGACUUCUAUGAAGAAUGUGUGGAAAUGAGCGCCGCGUUGGAGCAGAGCCCAAACAAACACAACUGGUUCAAGGCAAACAGUGAGUGGAGAAACCACAGCAGAUCCACAGAAGGAACGAGUUGGAAUCCCCCGGAGAGCUGUGACUGAUUUACAUAACACACUUAGGCAGAAAUGGUGAAUCUGCAAAAAAGUGAUGCAUGAAGGGAUGUCUGCUGGAAAGAGGGGUCGUUAGAGAGGUUAUCCAGGCAGUAUUCACGCUGAUACCCACAUGACUGCAUGCAUAAAUCUCACUGCAGAAGAUCUGUUCGCUCUAUUAAACUGAAAUUCAGAUUUCAUGACUUGCAUUCUCACAUCAACAGUGGGUAUCAAUAUCACUAUGUGCAUUUGGCUUCUGGGGCGACACUUUUAUUGUUGCAUGACUUGUUUUCUUCCUCUUUGCAUGCCAAGUCCUGGAGAGGUGCCGGCUGCAGAAGAGGCUGUCAUCGGGCCCCAAAAGUCCGGGCUCAGAUGUGGAGCUCAGUGCUGAAAGUGACGCCGUCCUCCAGCCUGAUGAAGGGCCGGAGGUGGCGGAGGAGGAGGAAAAAGAGGACACGGCCAGUCAGAGCGCUGGCAAAGAGGAGCCUGUUACAGAACAAGACCUGCAGGCGCAGGUGUGUGUUGAACACAAACUACUGAGGUGAAGCAGUGUUUUUGCCAGGAUGGUUCUGGCAGCGAAAAAACAGAAAAUGCCCUUGAAAUUCGCACAUACUUUUAUGAUGCUGCAGUGUGAACUCACUUCAGUUAAAACUGUUGAUUUAGACAUAAAAAAGAUAAUUCUUGCUGCAUGAUUAAACACAUAAAAACACAUGCACUACUAUGAAAAACUCAAUCCUACUCCUUGCAUUUAAGGGAUAUUCUGGCAUAAGUUUAAGUCGCGGUCAAACACACUGUAAUGCCAAGUUAGACACCCCCUUGAGAGAUCAAAGUUGCUGACUGUUUGCUUCUCUAGUUAUACCAACUUAUGUAACCACCGCACGAUUAGCAAUACACAGCAGUCUACAUCUCCAUGCACAAACCUUAACCAAAACGCCACUCUACAGCCACAAAUAAUACUCAGAACAGCACCUAACUUCAUCAACAGUACAAAGAGGGUCCCAGUCAUAGUACAAGCCACCAAAUAUCUUCUUAGCUUUGCCUAAUUUCUUUAGCAAAGAGAUCUAACACAUCUCACCCACUCUCCUCCAGCAGCCACUUGUUUAUGGGGGAGCCCUGACGAGUCAAUCACACAUGGUUGGUUGAGGUUUGCGCGUGGAGAUGUAGACUACAGUGUAUUGCUAUCCUGCAGUCGUUGCUUAAAUCGGUAUAACUAAAGAAUCAAGCAGUCGGCAACAUUCAUCUCUCAAGGGGGGGUUGUCUCGAUGUUAUGGUGUGUUUGACCAUUACUUAUAUUUGCCUGGAUUGCAGGACAGGAUAUUCCUCCACUUUUUUCUACCAGAGAUGAUUGAUGUUAGGAACAGGCCAGUUACCAGUUAUACAUACCAAGGUACACCGCAGUUAUUGUUUCAACAAAUAAUGUUAUUCUCGGACUACAGCUGGAUGCAAUGAUGACAGUGCUGAGCACAUCCGAUGAGGUGGAGCAGCUGGUUCUGAGAAACACGGACCUGACUGACGACCAUCUGCUAAGCCUGGCGGGGGCCCUGAAGAAAAGCCUGUCCGAGGUCACUCUGCUCAACCUCAACCUCAACCUCAUUGGUCCAUAUGGCGCUCACAUCCUGCUGGAUGUUCUGCGAGUGAAGCCUCGGGUCAGAGGCUUACAGUAAGUCCACAGCUCCAAUGACCCAUGCUACACCAAAAUCUGAGUGGAGAAAACUCACAGAAUAAGAAACAGAAACAGAAACAUGCAGCUUUUUUUAAAGAGUUCAAAUCUGACUUUAUAAAAGAAGAGAAUAAAACUAAGCUGACAGUAAAAAGACACUGUUAAUCCAAGGACAGCUUCAUCUUUGCAGAAUAAAAUUUUAGCCCAACGCCGCUGAAUUACACAAUCCAUCUCUUUUAUGUGGACAAGAAAGGCCUCCAGUGCCUUUUCUUUUGGAGUUACUUUUUUCUAUUGUUCCACUGAAAAGACAGUAAAUGUACCAAAACUUGUCUUUUUUAAGAGGCAUGUUGAUGGAUGUGAAUACUUACAGUGCAGCUGACAUUUGAGAAAUAGUGUAACUCACACCCUGCUCAUCACAUACAAGAGUGUCAUGUGUCCCUCCAGCAUCACUACCUUAAAUGAGCCUUGCUGCUAUUUUUUGGGAUGUUAGGACCCCCUCCCCUCCCUCUUGUGUACAAAGUGACACAGCAAAAGUGCCCAGUGUUUAAAUCAACAUUAAAACAUUAUACAAACCCCUCUACAAUGCUCCUCUUUGAUAAAAGCAUGGUAAUUGCUACAGUAGCUGCUGCCACGUGUAAAGCAUGCCUUUUGGUUGCCUUUCCAGUGCAUAAAAAAUUAGGAGUGUCCCUGAUUACUGAUUGUGACUAUAAAUUGUAUGAAAAGUGAUGUCUAUAAUAUAAAAUAUUUCCUCUGGAUGUCUUCACAGAAUAUCAAAAAUAAAAGGGCACUCUGGAUCCCCAUCCAGUGUAUUCAAUGCAAAAGAGUGCAAAUAGUGCCCGUGGAUGCACUUACACUAUUUAAAACUUAAUAAAAGGUGCCUUCCCUUUGGAUGCCCUUCCUGUAUAUACAAUGAAUAAAAGUGCUUUGAGAUGCAUUUCUAGUGAAUAAAAAAAAGGGGCAUUCUGGGUGCCAUCAGGGUAGAUUCAAUAGAAAACAGUGCCCUUCUAGAUGCCCUUACACACACAAAAAGUGCCCUCUGGACGGCCCUCCCUGUUUCAUUAGAUGUAAAAAAGUGCAUUUGGGUGAUAUCUCAGUCUGUAAAGUUAAAUAAGAGCCUCUUUCAUCAUUAAAAACGUGGGAAAAGUCCUCUUUGAUUACCUUCAUAACUACUGUAACUCUGACUCCCUCACUCAUCACUGUUUUUUGUAAGAUCACUUGGGAUGGUAUUUAUCAUUCGCAGGUAGACUAAAACACUGGCACAUUCUCAUUGUAGAGUCUUUCCACUGAGUCUAUACACCUGAGUUCCAAUGGGUGAAGAGCUAGAACUUGUUCUGACGCAUGAUGUGACGAUAAUAACCAAGAUUCCAAUAUUCUUUCUUUGAGUACGGUGACCCUUUUAUUUUCAUUCAAACAAAGAGAAAGUUCACCUGCUGCCACGCAAACAUGGUCAAAAAUCUGUAUAGCUCCGCCCUCCACACCUGGCUCAUUACCUGGGCCUACUUAAAUACCCUUUUAUGGUGCAAAGAACCAAGGAAUAGAAACAAGAAAUGAAACACACAAAAGAAACUAAAUAAGGGCUCCAACACUUGUCUACAAGGUUAUUCUUGGCCUUCUACCCUCCUACCUUCAGACCUACAUCAUCCAGACGAGUACAGGAACUUACAGUCUUCGCAGGAUUUUUAUUUGCUGUCCAUCUCACUGAGGUUUUCCAAUGAUUAAAUGAAGGUUAAAUAAAUAAAUAAAUAAAACGUAAAAAGGAACCGUCUUGUUCCUCUUUUAGUAUCUGCAACAUAGACAGGUCCUCUCUAGUUUCCCUUUCCGUAUAUAAAACAUCAAAAAAGUUCCUUUUGGGUACCUUUGCAAUGGAUAAAAAGUGGUAGUCUAGGUAAUUUAACCUUAUGUUACAGUUCGUUUAGUUGAAAUGCAAAAAAGUGUAAUACUCUAGAGAGUCUGUUUUGAAUUAAAGCAUUAAAUCAGUUUAUUCCAGGGUUUGAAUAACUUUGAACUACAGUCAUUGUGGAGUCAUAAUUUUGUGUUCUCAGUUUAUAUAAUUGAAUCUUCUCCACCAAAUGUUGCACAAAUAAUCACCAGAUACAUCGAAUGAAAAGUGCUGUUUAGAAUGAAUAGUGGCACAUUGUGCUAGAACGACCAUUUUCUAAACUUCUUGUUGUUUCUUAUAAUUAAAAGUUUGAAUGUCUCAUUUAUUUUUCCUUUACAUUCAAGUUUCCAUCAGUAAUAGCUUAAAUGAGGACAUUUCCUCUGUGCAGCAGCCAGGAAACCAUCAGACACUGAGGGAAGUUACUCGUCCCUGCCAAGAAAUAAUCCAGUAAAAAUACACAUUUUGGUUUGGAUUAAACAAAAAUUUCUAAUGGGAGCAACAGCAGAUCAAACGUGUCUCUGUGAGAGUUUAAAGUAUUUCCCAAAAUGCAAGGAAAUCAAAACAAUAACCCUGGAUUUGUCAUUUCAGUGCUUUUCCAAUUAUUAAAACCCUUAAUCCUUAAAUUAAAUGUGUUUCUAUCACAUUAAAGGGGAAAUAAGUGUUUAAGGAUGCCAAUUUUUCAACAACAUGCUGCAGAAUAAGGAGAUGAAAAAUAUUUUCUGUCUCAUUUGUUUUAAAAAGAUAAAACUUAAAGUCAGAGUGCAAGUAUACACCUUUUAAAUUCUGCUUUUUUAUGUAAGAAUCAAACUAAAUCUCCAUGGUAACGACCCUUUUCUUCUUUUUCUCUGCAGCCUGUUUGGAAACAAACUGCGUGACCACGGUGUGCUGACCCUGCUGAGUGGAGUCGUUGAACUGCAGGAACAAACACUCAGAACUGCUGCAGCCAUCCAACAAGCCAUGCUUUUCCCAUCAGAGGAGAACAUGCUGCAGCUUCCCACUGGGUGGCGCUCUUUCAGGGUUUUUGCACUGCAGGAGCUGGAUGUUGGGGGUAAUGGCUUGAGCAGUGAUGGCGUGAAGGUGUUAGCAUCCUAUCUGAGGCACCACUCUUAUCUUCAGUACUUGGGGCUGGCACAGACCAGCGGGGCUGAUCUGGCAGCGUGGAAGGAGCUUUUUGAUAGCCUCAAAGGAAACACGUCGCUGACUCAGAUCAUUCUUGAUGAGAACAACUUAGGGGACCCGGGGGUCAGGCUGUUGGCUGACAUGCUAAGGGAGAACGCAAGUCUUCAGCAGGUGGAUCUGGACAGGAACGAAAUCAGCGAUGUGGGAGGGAAUGACAUCAUGGGGGCGCUGCUGUGCAGGAUACAGUUCCCGCUGAAGCAUCUGAGCCUUCAGGAGAACAACAUCAGUGCAGGACUCAUGAGUAGGAUACAGGAAGAGGUGAAAUAAACCCUGUAGGAGGGCAAGGAUACACUCCAAAGCAUGAGGACAUAUGUAACAUCAUAAACCUGGCUCUGGCUGGAGGACUCGGAGGAUUCUCUGUUUACAUUCUGAGGUGAGAGAGGGAGAAAACCUGACUCAUUCGACUUGUUUGACCCUCAAACACACACUCAAAGAUCUUCCUUCCUGUAACUGGGUGGCCCUGCUCACAAACGCUGCGUCUUAGUUUAGCCCAGGUAGGCAGUGUAGGAGGCAUGUUUGCUUUAGGGCAGCAAUGUGGUCUGGAUGCUUUUUCAAAGAGCUCUCAAUAAACUGAACCUUUCUUCUUUGUGGUGAGGUUACAUCUUCACCUUGAGUUUUUUUUCUCUUCUUCUUCCCACCAGCGUUACCCCUCGUGAACCCACACCUCCUACUUUGCUAAAACCAACUCCGGCUCAAGGCUCACUGAACCCGCUGUCGUUUUUAUUGAAUAAUUUGCUGCCUCCUGACAAAAAGGAACCACGGUGAUUCAUUCCACCCACUGUACUCACAGGUCACGGAUGAUUUACCCGUGACUUUUAUCCAUCCAGAACAUUUCAGUAGCCAUCAUCAGAUCUCUUCUCUCCACUUCUACGAAUCAAAAGAGUUAUGGACAGCUACACCACAGCAUGUAAACUACCCUCAUUUUGUCAUUUUUGCCUCGACACAGAGCUUCUAUUCAGAGUUUAAGCACGUUGGGUGGGGGGAGAAAAACUGGGGCAAAUCCGACUGAAUCCUGAGGCCGUCAUCUCAUUGUUCUAUCAACACAGACAUACUGAGAAUAACUGUACCUGUGAUCAAAGCUUGUCAAAGUAGUAAUUAUCUCCUCCUCUCAGGGCUGCCAGCAGUGAUUCUGCUGAAACCAAUCCCUCCAUAUUUCAUCUGCAGUCUUUGCGAAUUCCUCUGCACAACCCCUGAUAAAGACGCUCUCCAAAAACCCCAGGAGGAUGACAGAUAAAUGAGACUGGCGCACCUGAAGAUUACAUCUGCAGAAGUCAUCCAGCACUGCCGUAUCAGACAGAAUAACUUCUAUUUGCAGCAUUGAGGCAGCGUAGAUUUAAAGUAAAAAGAUGUCUGGUCUGGGUUGUCUUAUUUUUAAGGUCAAUUCUUUGUAUCUAAAGUUCUGCCGAUGAGACGCGCAAGAUUUUGUUACCAGCAAUAAAAGGAGAAAAAGUUUCUUUUCUCUUUGGCUGCUGAUCUUUUAAAAGGAAUUUCACAUAACAAUUCAUGCUGACUUUAUUGGAUCAACUUUGUUACAUGCAGAACAGAAAACACAAGAUUUCCACUUUCUUAGAAAUUGUCACAUGAGGUGGAUGCUGCUCUCUGACAGUUCCAUUUGCCCCAUAAACUGUUCCUACUCUUUUCUUUACUGCAAAAAUAGCACAACCUGAUAUGAUGUACAAACUAUGGCUCCACAUGCUUUAAUAACACAAGUCCUCUCACAACCAAUGAGAAUGUAUUGAAACUAAUCAGAAUUAAUAUAUUUAUGGAUCUAAAAAGGAGCUUGUAGUCCAACUGAAGAUGCUCUAAAUUUGAUGGGCUAAAAAGAAAAACUUUUGUACCUCUUAUUCAGACAAGGCAAUAAAGUAAGUUAGUGUUAGCU